AUGUCUUCGAGGAUCGACAAGGAAACCAAAUAUGAUCGUCAACUACGAUUAUGGGCUCAAGAUGGUCAGUCCAGACUCGAAAAGGGCCAUAUUUGUCUUAUCAAUGUGAAUCCAACGGGCGUCGAGACGUUAAAGAACCUCAUAUUACCUGGCAUAGGAACUUACACGAUUGUUGAUGAUAGAAUAGUGGAACAGAACGAUCUAGACGGCAAUUUUUUUCUCACAGAGGACGAUUUGGGAAAAAGUAUAGCUGAGAGUGUUGCUAAAUCACUUAGCGAACUUAACCUGGACGUCCAAUGGUUCAGUCAUUCUAGAAAUAUUGGUGAUCUCUUGCAUGAGCCUCACUUCUUUGAUAGCUUUGACGUUGUGUUGAUAAGUGAUUUCAUCCCCCCCUCUGACAUGUUGGCGAUGAAGCAACGCCUUUGGUCAAAAGGUGUACCUUUAUUUCACGUUAAUACCUGCGGCUUCUAUGGAACUCUUCAAGUGUUUUCCGAAGAAAAUGCCGUGAUUGAGACACACGACCCCUCAACGAUCUAUGAUUUACGUAUCGAUAGGCCUUGGCCAGAACUUCAAACAUAUGCUGACUCAAUUGAUCUUGAAAGCUUGGAUGAUACAGAGCAUGCUCAUGUCCCGUAUAUUGUAAUAUUCAUCAAAGCUUUGCAAAGAUGGAAGAGAGACCAUGAUUCAAGUACUCCAAAGAACUACAAAGAGAAGAGGGAAUUUCGCAGUCGGUACAUCGAAGGCUUAUCCAGAAACAUCAACCUAGAGACAAACUUCAUAGAAGCUGGUCAGCAGGUCCAUCGAGCAUUGCAAGUUACCGCGAUACCAGAGCAUCUUAAGGAGCUAUUCCAUGACAUGCGAGCAAGUGAUCCCAGCAUUAGUGGAAAAACAGCGCUUUUUUGGCUCUUCAUUAGGACCCUUGCCAAGUUUGCAGAGAAAUACGGAGCAUUGCCAUUACCGGGCCGAUUGCCCGACAUGGCUUCCAACACAAGAAACUACAUCGCAAUCCAGCAAAUUUACCGAAAAAAAGCAUUGGAGGAUCAACAGCGAUUUGCCAACUUAUUGCAACAAACUUUUUCGGAGUUUAAUAGGACCGAAAUUGUGUCACUGGAAAUGAUUGCUAUAUUUUGCAAGAACGCUGCCAGCAUAUACUAUUCGCGUGGUUCUCAAGAUGCGUUUUCAGAUAGACUCAAAAAUGAAAUGAUUUUAUGCCAGUCUGAAUCGAAUACCUUGGCAAUUCAUUACGGAAUUCAUGCUCUACAUCUAUGGAUUGCGGAAGGAAGCCAUGGAGGCUUUACCGAAUUACUAAAAUCAUUCAGUCGUGUGCUAGGUUCGAAGGAGAUGGAUGUGAUUCCGGAGAACUGCAAGUCUAUUUUGAAAGAAAUCUAUGAACAUCAACCCAAUAAGUACCAUAACAUAUGCAGCCUCUUGGGUGGAGUAGCGAGCCAGGAAAUUUUGAAGGUUGUCACAGCUCAAUACAUUCCUCUCAACAAUCUCUUUGUUUUCGAUGGUAUUCGUUCGGUAAGUGAAAAGUGGAAACCGUGA